AACUAAAAUGAUAGAUGAACCAACCAUUUACCAUGACAAUGCCAUUUCCAUUAAUGAGUUUUUCUUAAAUUCCAAACUUGUCAUUUUCUCUCUUUUCUAUCAACAAUUUGGAGUUUCAUUUCUCAUCUAAAUCUUCUAUUUUUGUAAGUUUCUGAAGAAAAUUUUGAGCCUUUCAUUUCAAAGAUUUAUUCUUUUUUGCAUAUUUUUCUUCAAGAACCAAAUUUGUCACUCACUUUGACUUUAAUAGACUAAAACCCUUGUCUCUCUAGCUUUGAUAUUUAUCCUUUCUGGUUCAUUUCUAAGUUCCAAGAUUUAUGGGAUUUGACUUUAAUUCUCUUUUUGGUAACCAGAAAUCUUACUAUUACCUAAUUCCAAAAAUCUUGGUGUGGUUCUGAUUGGUCUAUAAGAUGUUGAAACUGAGAUUUUAUGGGUUUAUUUUGUUGGUCUCAUGCAAUUUUGCAUUUGCACAAAGAACGGAUCCUUCUGAAGUCAGUGCACUGGUAGCAGUAAAGAACAGUUUGAUUGAUCCAUUUAGUCAUAUUAAUGAUUGGGAUAAGGGAGAUCCUUGCAUAUCUAAUUGGACCGGAGUUUUGUGUUAUGAUAAAGCUGGAAUUGAUGGAUACUUCCAUGUUAGAGUGCUCCAGCUGCUGAAUAUGAAUCUUUCAGGAAAUUUAGCUCCUCAGCUUGGUCAAUUGUCCCAAUUGUGGACCUUGGAUUUUAUGUGGAAUAAAUUGGAUGGGAUCAUACCGAAGGAGAUAGGGAAGAUAUCAUCUUUGAGACUACUGCUUUUGAAUGGUAAUCGGUUGUCAGGUUCUUUACCUGAUGAACUCGGUCUUCUAUCAAAUUUGCUCCGAUUCCAAGUGGACGAGAACAAUAUCUCAGGUCCAAUACCAAACUCAUAUGCUAAUUUGACAAGUGUGAGACACAUCCACUUCAAUAAUAACUCUUUAAGUGGUCCAAUACCAGCAGGAUUUUCCGAACUACCAUCUCUUCUUCACUUGCUGUUAGAUAAUAAUAACCUAUCCGGGAGUCUUCCUCCAGAAUUUUCAAACUUGCCGGCAUUGCGUAUACUUCAACUUGACAACAACAACUUCAAUGGCUCCGAAAUUCCGCCUACCUAUAGCAAUCUUACCAAAUUAGCAAAACUAAGUCUUAGAAAUUGCAGCUUGCACGGAACUAUUCCUGAUCUUAGCAAUAUAUCGAACCUGUACUAUAUUGAUCUUAGCCGGAAUCAGCUUACAGGACCUGCGCCAUCCAAAAUCUCUGAUAAUAUGACGACGAUUAAUCUCUCGAACAACCAACUUAAUGAUUCUAUACCUGAAAGCUUCUCAAAUCUCCCUUUCCUUCAGAGACUAUCAAUAGAAAACAAUUUGUUUACUGGUUCUGUCCCCGUAAGCAUCUGGCAAAACUUAUCCAGCACAAGUGACAAACUGACCAUUGACCUCAGGAACAAUUUACUCUCAAACAUUUCAGGGGAACUGAAACCACCAGUUAAUGUCACCCUAAGUCUGGGAGGCAAUCCUAUCUGCCAAAGAGCCAACAUACCGAACAUUUCCCAGUUUUGCGGGGCUGUAGCUGGAGCAGAUGGAAGUACUGAAAGCUUAAACAAUUCUACAACUUCAUGCCCUAUGCAAGCAUGUCCAAUAGAUGGUUUCUUCGAAUAUGUCCCUGCGGCACCCGUGUGGUGCUUUUGUGCUUCCCCUUUGAGAAUCGGAUACCGCCUCAAAAGUCCUAGUUUCUCUUAUUUCCCUCCAUAUAUUUAUCCACUUGAGGAAUACUUGGCAAAUGCUCUUGAAUUGGACCUUUAUCAAGUAGUUAUUGAUUCUUUUUAUUGGGAAAAAGGCCCCCGUCUAAGGAUGUACUUGAAGCUUUUUCCUGCGUGGAACAAUGAUUCACAUUCAAACACGUUUAAUUCAACUGAAGUUCAGCGGAUAAGAGCCAUGUUCAUGUCAUGGACUUUUCCUCGUACUGACUUUUUCGGACCAUAUGAGCUUCUCAACUUUACUCUGCAGGGACCUUAUUCUGAGUUGAGAUUUGGCACCCAUAAUGCAAGAAUCAAUAAGGCAGUUUGGGCAGCCAUUAUAUUAGGUGCUAUUGCCUUCAUUGUUACAGCAUCAGUAAUAGUCACAAUUCUGUUUAUGAGAAAACAUGCUAGAUUCGAGCGGAAUCUGUCAAGAAAAAGAUUAUCCUCAAAGAUAUCAAUGAAAAUUGAUGGUAUGAAAUCCUUCAGUUUUAAAGAAAUGACCCAGGCUUCAGACAACUUUAACAUUUCAACUCAAGUUGGUCGUGGAGGCUACGGAAGAGUUUAUAGAGGCGUUUUAGCUGAUGGCACAGUUGUGGCUAUAAAGCGUGCCGAAGAAGGUUCUUUACAAGGCCAAAAUGAAUUUUUGACCGAGAUUAAAUUGUUGUCCAGGCUACACCACAGAAAUCUAGUUUCAUUGAUUGGAUACUGUGAUGAAGAAGGGGAGCAGAUGCUAGUUUAUGAAUACAUACCCAAUGGCACGUUGCGGGACUGGCUUUCAGGAAAAGCUACAGAGAAGCUGACAUUUGCUAUGAGGUUAAAAAUAGCACUGGGUUCAGCUAAGGGCAUUAUGUACCUACACACUGAAGCAAAUCCUCCCGUGUUUCACCGCGACAUAAAGGCAACCAACAUACUCUUGGAUUCCAAGCUCACUGCUAAAGUUGCUGACUUUGGACUCUCGCGUCUCGCUCCUGUCCUGGAUGAUGAAGGGAAUUUGCCUAAUCAUGUCUCCACAGUAGUGAAAGGAACUCCGGGUUACCUCGAUCCAGAAUAUUUUCUGACCCAUAAGCUGACAGACAAGAGUGAUGUCUAUAGUCUUGGAAUUGUAUUUCUUGAGCUCUUGACCGGAAUGCAGCCGAUAUCACAUGGCAAAAACAUCGCUCGUGAGGUAAAUAUGGCUCGUCAGUCAGGUAUAAUGUUCUCCAUCAUAGACAGCAGAAUGGGGGCUUAUCCAUCAGAAUUUGUGGAAAGGUUUACAGCUUUAGCCAUUAGAUGUUGCCAUGAAAAGCCAGAAACUCGACCAUCAAUGUCAGAAGUCGUCAGGGAGCUGGAAACCAUAACUAAAACGACGCAGUCUGAAACGGAUGCCAUCUCUUCAGAGUCAACAUCCCCAUGUUCUGGCAGUGUGACUUCCACAUAUUUUGGAAAUUCAGCAACUUCAUCUUCAUACUAUACAAGUAAUCACCCGUACGCAUCAUCCCAAGUAUCAGGAAGUGAUCUUGUGAGUGGUGUCGUUCCGACCAUCAAUCCUCGCUGACAUCAAAAUUUGUCUGAAGACAAGUAGAGUUUUGUGCAGUUUUAGGCAGUUGUAAAUCAGGUUUUUGUCUCUUCAUUUCUUCAUGGUUUAUAUCCUGUACAAUAAAGAAAAACAUUACUUGGUGUACAAAGUAAAAAAAAUAUUUUAAGUAAUAUACCGCAAUUUCUUAUGGGCUCAUGCAUCCCAUAAUUUCA